UGGGAGCAAGAGGAUCGCGGCAGCAACAGCUGGAGACAUUCCUCGCAGCGCCCCUCCUCCGAGAAGCCGGCUGUCCCCAACGAAGAACGUCUGGAGGACCCGCCCGCCGCCGCCUCGUCUUCGCCGUACUGCGUUACAACGGCCAGGCAGGAUGGGGGCCUCCGCUUCGCUGAUUGCACGCCGCUCUCCUCCACAGUAAGGCUGGAGGGGAGAAGUUGCAUGAGGUUGAGGCGUGUGUGUGAUGAAACAUCUGAAGUCGAUUGCUGCAGCGAGGGAGGGGGCAGGAUGAUCAACCCCCCACACACCCACACCCCAUCACCUGCCGAAGGCUUCCAUCGCCUUUCUCAAGCUAAAAGGGAGAGGAAGCUUGUGUGCAAUUCUGCUGCCGGAUUGCUCAACCGGAAGGGUUUAAGUGGGAAUCCCGAACGCACCACUGUACUUGGGAAGGGAGGGUUUUCUUGGCCCAGAAUCCGUGCCUCAUUACGGAUGGAAAGGAAUGCAGGAUCGGACUGUGUAUGUGUGUGUGCGGGCGCGCGCGUUUCUAAAGGCACAUAGACCUGAGAUGAUGCAACUACUGCGGUGGGGUUACACAAGAAAAGGCUAUCCUUCUUUCCCCCACCAAAAAAAACCCGCAGGACUGCAAGGUGAAAUGUUUGCAGAAGGGAGGGGGGCGGGGCGGUAGGACUGAGGAUGGAGAAGGUUCAACAGAAAAAGAAUAACAUCAAGCUUUUAAUCCCCCCCCAAAAAAAAAUCCUUUUGGCAGGAGAAUCCAAAUCGUCGCCUCUGGCUUCUAUUUAUUUUUAUUUUUUUUUACAAAAGAGCAGUGGAAGUUUGCCCCCCAAUUAUAAACUGCUUGCCUUCAGUGAGGGUGGUAAAGAAAACGAGCCAAGGUUAACAAAGUACUCGUCUGAAAUGCAAAUAUCAACCGCGGCGUGUGAGGGUUCUUAUUUUCGAAAUGUUGAAUUGUCCUUUUGUUCGGAUUCAGGUACUUAGCCGGAUAUCAAAUCAGAUCCCUGCCCUUCCCGCUGGCCCCCCUCCCCUUUCAAAGUAACACGUGUAGGUUGCAAAAGCCUUGGGCUUCCCUAGUUGCACGCACAUGGUUCCGUCUAGGUUUCAUGUUCUUAAUCCGAUCUUCACCGUCCGACUCACUGGCUUCACUCGGGUCGUGUGUGCUAUACAUAAUGUCGUGCUUACAUGGUGUCUGACAGGGAAGAAGGAAAUCUCUUUGGUACUUAACAAAAAGAAUAGACGGUAUCUAAACGAUCAUCACGGAAACGACCUAGCCAGCUUUCCAAAAUACUCUUAUCAACCACAUUAUAUUAGUAGCGCGAGUCUUGCGAGCACUACCGUUCCCAUCGCUUGCAAGAACUUGCCUUUUCCCGCCACUGCUGCUUGAAGCAACAGAUCCUGUUUUUAAUUUCGUAUUUUUAUUGAUUUUCGAGCAGACAACCAAAUAAGCAUUCUCCAUUUUGAAUAUCACAAAGUUCCCAAAUAAAGGAAGGUGAGAGCGAGCUGCUCGUUGAACCAGGCUCGCCGGUGCAUGCUUUUGCAACCUGCUGCACUUUGCAGCGACUUUUUCGUCCCGAGAUAUAAUAGUUGCUCGCUGGAGUGUGUAGUAGUUUAAAGCAAGGCCACGCCCCCUGAGCGUGGUGUCAGAGUGAAAUAGAGGCUCCGGUUGGUUGGGUUGGCGGACAACAUCUGCUCGACUCCUUCAUUCAAGUGACACCAGAGCUUUGAGGGAUAUUUGAGGCACCAUCCGCUGCCUUUCCUGGCCACUUCUAGCACUUGUACCAGCGCUGAUCGCAUGCUCUGAGCAAGGGUGGAAAAGAUCAGGGAUCUCUCGUCUGAUCACCCUACGCAUCCUUUUUGCAAAGAAGCUAGAAGUGAGAGAGGGCGAGGCCUCCGGUCGGUGUUGUUGGGUAGACAUCAGGACCAUGAGCGCAGAGUGGUUAGGGAAAUUAGUGAUCCUGGCUGUGGUCUUUGCAAGCUUUGAUCCCGCUGUGGGCACGGAAGCCACCUACCCUCCGGAAGGUGCCCAAGACAGAGCACCACAGCAAAAAGGGCGGCUCUCUUUGCAAAAUACAGCUGAAAUCCAGCACUGUUUGGUCAAUGCAGGCGAUGUGGGAUGCAGUGUAUUUGAGUGCUUUGAAAACAACUCCUGUGAGAUCCGAGGCUUACAUGAGAUCUGCAUGACAUUCCUCCACAAUGCUGGAAAAUUUGAUGCACAGGGAAAAUCUUUCAUUAAAGAUGCUCUGAGAUGCAAGGCUCAUGCCUUACGGCACAAAUUCAGUUGCAUCAGCCGCAAAUGCCCUGCCAUCAAAGAGAUGGUGUUCCAGCUACAGCGAGAAUGCUACCAGAAGCACGACCUCUGCUCUGCAGCUAAGGAAAAUGUCCAGGUCAUUGUGGAGAUGAUUCACUUCAAAGAUCUGCUGCAGCACGAACCGUAUGUCGAUUUAGUGAACAUCCUGCUCACUUGUGGAGAGGAUGUCAGAGAUGCCAUCACGCAGAGUGUCCAAGCGCAGUGUGAACAGAACUGGGGGAGUCUGUGUUCCAUUUUGAGUUUCUGCACCUCAGUCGCACAUGGAGAUUUCACCCUUGAACCAGAAAAGAAGCCAAAUGAAGAGCCCAGAUCCUCUAUUAGUAAAGGGGACAUUAUAGUCCACUCUGAAUCUGACACCAGAGAGAGCUCCCGAAGCACCAGAGGGGAAAGAGGUAGUAGGCUUCCUGUGAAUGCCCACGUUCGCACUAAAGCUGGUGGCCACAAUCCCAAAGCAGCUCACGGGAUUGUUGAACAAGCAGAUGAACUGUCUGACUUCUCCGACAUUCGGAGGUGAAAGGAGGAUGCAGCCCUUCCUUCCCCCUUCACCGGAACCUUCCUCCAUUGAGUUCAUCUUAUCUAGGGGCAUUCCAAAAUAUUUACAAUAUAGAGGGGUGUUGUCAGGCAUAGGGCAUUGUGGGAUAUGAAGCAGUGACAGUGGAUGUAUUAUAAGUAACAGAGGAAAAGCAGCAACUAUUGAUUAUUGAUUAUAUCCAGCAAAUACAAUGUGUGGGUGCAACAAAAUGUAUUCAUUUUAACCCUUUUAUCUCUUAAAAAGAGAAGUUGGAUAUUAGAUGCAGGUUUGGGGUGGUGGCCAGGGAUAGACUUGUCCAUAUUUUAAUUAGUCAGCUUAUGACUCAACAUGUAGACUAGGUUCAGCAUUCAGUCACUAGGCAGAAAGUAAUCUGGUCUCCACUCUAGUAGAGGUCUCCACUCUAACAGAGGCAAUAAGGACUCCAAAUCAGCUGCAGAGAAACGAAGAUAUAGAGAACUGCAUAGGGGACCUUGCAAUUACAAACUAAAUAGUUUCUCUGAGCCAUUGUUCAUUUUCUAAGUGAUACCACCUAUCUUAUGUGUCCCUUGUAUUGAUUUGGGUGACUUACUGCUGACCUCUUCUGCCUGUUGUUCCAGUUUCCUUAGGAUAUUGGUUGAUUAGGGGAGCAGUUUCUGGACAUGGUGAUGGGACAUUUUCAACCAACCCAGCAUCAUAGCAAUUUUUUUUUCAAAACACCAUCAAAAAUCUACCUGGCUUUUGACUGAAGUGAGUUUCCUAAAUAUAGGUUAUAGGCUGUGCACUACAACUUGCUUUGACAUGAAGUUAUUUUUUGGAGGCUUAAUGAAAAAUCUCUACCUGAAAGUAGGACCACAAUGUUUGCAGGAUUGCAGAAAUCCUGUGCUCUAAGGGUGUGUGUGUGUGUGUGUGUGUGUGUGAAGUGCCAAAGAAAUGGUGAUGAAGAAUAAGGGUAACCCAAGCACUGUGCACUGAUUUAAUUGUCCACUUAAUUAAUGAUCUGAAACAAGCCUAAUUCUUCUCAACACUUUAACCCUAACCACAUUUUCUUGGAAAUAAGGUCCCAUUUAUUUCAAUGGAACUUGCUUCUUCUAAGUGCGUUUUGGGCUGCUGUUUAUGUGGUUCAGAGUUAAUAUGCUAUAUUCCAUAUUUACUUUUAAAUAUAUGUUCAUCAUUAAGAUCACUCAGGAUGCUACAUUGGAAGGAAGGGAUUGCAACAGUUCUUAAAUCCUAUGAAGCAGAUAUUGGGCAGAGAAGGUAAAUGCCUUUUUUUGGAAGGUAAUAAUAUGACAUCAGCAACGUUUGUGGCUUCAGAAGACUUUGACCACUCUCUCUCAGUGGGAAGUCAGUGUCAGAACAAAAUCCCAGUCCAGAUGCUUCUUCUACAUAUAGAUCUAUUGGCUGGAAGCGUUUCCCCAGUCAGUGCAACAGCAAAACAGCUCUAUGCCCAUUGUAUAUAUACAACCAGCCAUGACUAGGAAACCCAGCCUAACUAGGACCUGGAUCAACAAAAUAUAAGCCCCCCUUCCCUCCUUGAAGAACAACAGAAUUGUUCAUGUAGCCAGGAAAUUUUAUUUACACCAUUUCUAACAAGGGCAACUUUUGCAAUUGUGUUGAAUGGUGAAUACAGUCACAGUCCUACAGGUCCCACUGAAGCAACAACAUGGAUGAGGAAGAAUGUAUGGUCCCCUUGUUAAUAUAAAAUAGCUUAAAAUGAUCACCACACCAUCGAUAUAACCAAAAAAGAUCUACCACCAGACCCCUAUAUUUUCAUGUCACUCUAAUUGGAACUUCUUUUAGAAGUCUGAUGUACCUAUGGGAACCAAAACACAUAGACACCAUUGAAUGUCUGUCAACCGAUCACCUCAGAAUGCAUGUAUGUAUCUUCAUUCAUUCUACAGAACUAAAUAUAUGUUCCCCUUACAGCUUACACAAAGGAAAUUCAGGGUUUUGGGAGGUGGGGUAUAAGGCCUAUUUUUUUCCUCUAUGUGUGAAAAUUGGAUGUAUGUGUUCACCUACUGAUUCCACAUAUUCUUUUACUGUAAAUAUUUAACAUUUCUAUUUAUUAUAGUUUCUCCAUUUUAAAAAAUAAUAAAUCUGAGCACUGCUGGCUAAGGUAAUUUAAAUAUAUGUCAGGGCCUGUGUUGUAUAUAUUCAUGCCACUAGUACAUUUUGUUAUUGUUUAAAGCAAGGGAAAUAUAAUUUUAUACACUCCAUAAUGUUAUUGACAGCAUAAAUCACUUAUUUAUUGUUAAAAUUCAUUUCUAACAGAUAAGAAGUGCAUUUAACCUGAUAGUUUUGUCAAGACAUCUGUA